AUGGCCGCUGCCCGGCAGCUGGUUGCCGCGCCGCUGCUGCGCUGCUCACGCCAUGUGCUGGGAGGCCUGCGUGCGGCCGCGUUGCCCGUUUGGCGGCGCCCCUCUCCCUGCGCCACUUCUCCGGUGGGCGUCAGCCUGGGGCGAGUGCGCCAUGCCAGCGACUCGAAGAAGGCACCAGAGACGUCUGGGCAGGGCGAGGAUGCGGGCAAGGCUGCCGGGAGUGGUGCCGUGCAAGACGAGGCGGCUGCUGCAGACUUGAAGGGGGCAGAUGCGGAGCAGUCAGCUGGCAUAAAAGAAGACGUGCCUGCAGACUCCAAGGCCACUGAGCAGUCAGCUGGCACAAAAGAAAACGCUGCAGGGUUGUCCGAUGCUCCAGCAGAGGAUGCCACCGAGCAGUCAGCUGGCGCAAAAGAAGACGUGGCCGCUGCAGAUGCCAAGGCCGCGCAGUCGCCAGCUGCCAGUGACGACGAGGCUGAAACCUUUCGAAGCAUGCCCGUGGUGACGGACGAGCACCGCUUGCAGUAUGAGAUCAGCUGUGAUGCCAAGGAAGGAGCCGCGUGCGUAGAUUUGGGAAGCGUUUUCGUCGCCGUCGAAUGGAAUCAACAGUGCAAGGACUGGCCGUGGGAAUGGGGAGCCUUCAGGUACAACAGCUGCAAGUGCGUGGCGUCGGAGCCACCUCCCAGCACUGAAAGCCCAACUGUGGGUGAGAUGACAUGUUUGUCUGGAGAAAGCUGCCCUGCCUCCUACUCAAAAGAGUGCUGCCGCUCCAGCUUGACCUGCCCUUCCGGCUUCGUACUUUCGGAACCCUUGGAUCGCUGCCAUCGCGAUGCGGACUCCACAGCUGCGCUGUGGCUGUCCGUGACAGAUGGCGUCGCGUGCCAGACGUGUGUGCGAUCUGAGCCGAGUCCGACGGCGUCGGCCACAAGCUCCACGACCGAUGCUCAGACCACCGAAGCAACCACCUCGACACCCUCCACGACCCAAGCUGCCGCAAUGAAGGAGUGGGAAAUGGUGGGAACGUCUGACAGCGCAUGCCGUGGAAACAGCACCAAUGAUAGCUCGCCGAGCCACUACUCGGUAGUGCCGCAGCGAAUUACCAGCAUUGAAGAUUGCAAGGCGCUGUGCGUUCAAGAUGCCUCCUGCAAAGGCAUUGAGUACAGCUUCGGCCGAUGUGAGAUCUGGACAAGGCCCGAGGGCAUCUUUGCCACAAAGCAGAUCGACGGAUUCUCGUGCAUGCGCUAUGGAUGGGCAACGAGGCACCUCGUGGCCAUGGGUGGUGGCGCUGGCCGUGCUUGCCGUGGGGACUCGCCCACCGACAACAUGGACAGCUACUACACGCUGGGGAAGACAAGGCCCCUGCAAGAUUGCAAGGCGAGAUGCGCGGCUGCGCCACUGUGUCAGGGUAUUGAGUUCAGCCUUGGCCGAUGUGAAAUUUGGUUACGGCCAAUCCGUGCUACGGCGAGCAUUCCUGGCUUCAGUUGCUUUAGCUACAGCUUCCAGGCUGGCGCGCUGCUGCUAUGA